UGUAAAAAGUCAGGAAUGCCCUCAGGUCUUGAUGCUGAUUCCCAUGCCUGAGGGGCCCUGUGUGCUCAGCUGGUUGACUCCUGAAGGCUCUUCACGGCUCUUCGUGGCUCCUGACCGGAGGCCUGUAAAGCUGCACAGUAGUAUCAGUCAUCUCUGAGCUCGUGCACCGCUCUAGGGAAGUGACUUUGAGCUUUGUUGUGUCUCCUCGGCCCCACGCUGCGCUGCUUUCCAUACGGGGCGGGGUGCCGCGCAGUCCGGCGCACAGAGCAGAGCGCACCGUCACCAGCUGCUCUCCCCGCUCCGUCUGACGGCACAACAUGGGUCUGGAAAAAGAGAAACUGGAUACGAGUAUAAUUAUGGACGAAGACGAGUUUAACAAAUCGAUUGAACCUAUCCUGUCGAAGAAAGGGAAAGUUUACACUGCGGAGCCGGACCGGGAUCCAAACGAUAUCAACGCGCACUUGAAGGUAAAUCUGAACAUGGAGCGGGAUUACACACUGAAACUGAAACUGUACGAGUUACAGCCAGCUAGAUUGAAUCAUGUACAGUAAGAACUACUGUAACCUCAUUGUUUUUUACAUAACAAGCUACGAGAGAACAAUCAGCAGCGUGAAUACCUGGAAGUGGCUGCUUGUGCGUCACUCCAUCACCAUUACAACCUCGGCUUAUUCCCCGUCUGUUUGAUCUGACAGGUCAGCUUUGACGAUGUCAUCGCGGAGCCCAUCUCAUCUCACAGCUUCGACAGAGUGUGGAUAGGCAGCCAUGCAGCCUUCGAGCUGGUCAAAUUCAUCUUUUACCGGCUGCUGAGCACGCUGCUGGCCGUGCCCAUGGCUUUCAUCCUCGGUGUGGUGUUCGGGGUGCUCAGCUGCAUCCACAUCUGGUAAGGAGAAGGAGUUCGUAUCGACCUGCAGGUUUUCUGUUUUUGCGAUGUAAACACAGCCUGACUAAUCUGGCUCAGUGCCACAUGAUACAGCAAAUACUGAGUUUCAUCCUCAUGUUAGAGAGAUGUUUGGAGCUUAAAAGUUGAAAUAAAGAGCAUUAAUAUCUGUCAAGACAGCCAAAAACAUUAAAUGCAUAAAAAUGAAUAUCCUGGACAUGUCAUAAAAGUUUGAAAGUGUAAAAAACAGAUGAAAAAGUAUAAGUUUGAGCUGCAAACACAUUUUAACUUGCAUAAAUAUCCAUAAUUGGGACACAAACAUGCUUAAAAUGUUAUGUAAGUACGAUAAUUUCACUCUUAACUUCGUUUUAGGCACCAAAAAUACACAGUUCGCAUUCCUGCAUGGGCUUAACAGGCUCGCUGCAGUGUGUGACUUUUCCCUUAGGGGCUGCUGCUAAUUGGCAGCAUACUUAUUCUGGCCCUUUAGGCAAACAUUGACACAAGUUAUUUUUACAGUCAGCGUCACACGCAGUAUGGGUUUGAAACAUUUUGUCAGCGUUUUGUUUUGAUAUCUAUAUUUGGAUGGUUAUGUCACACAUAUGUCUGCUGUACGCGCCUGCAGCAAGUUAAACCAGGUGCCUCAGUUUUGGAGCUAAUCAUGCAGUGAAUACAUAUGUUCCACUCUAAGGGUCCAUUUAUUAACACAUAAUGGAACAACAUUUUAGCCAUGAAGUAAGCGCCGUAUGGAAAGUUUGGAGGAAUUUAGAGUUCCUCUGGUAGUGGAAAAAUAAAAACGCCCUGUGCCCUUUCCCAGCUAGCCGAUUCUAGCAGAUACACGAGCCUGUUUGCAGACCAGAGUGCGACAUUCUUCAGAUGCAGAUUGAGAACUGUAGAGCGACUCCGAGGCGACCUUUAGCCCCAGGUAGGAUCGCAAGUUUGACAUGAUCGCCUCAGUGAGGAGCGCAGGUAUUCAUCAAUAGAGGUACUGAGCGGUGACGCCGAGCUGGUCAAUACAUGAGGAAUGUCAGGAAGAGAGAUCACAGAGGGGUGCUGCUUCAAAGGAGAGCACAGCCUGUCCAACACAGGGCUUUAUUUUUAAGUCAGAGGCUGCAUGAAGUAACGAUGAGGCAGUUAUUUACACAUAUUUGAUGGGAGAUACAAACCACCUUACAGAUGGGAUUGAAUAAACUAGGGCUGUCCCAAUAUGAUAUUGACAUAUCUGAUAUAUUGAUAUAUAUUGUCCUGUCCUGUGAAACAUAAUGCCACAACUUUUAAUACUGUUGCUAUUGUUACCACUGCGUAUGGUCUGGGUUACUUAAGAGGCUGUCACCUGCUCUGCUGCAGUUUCCCAGAACUGCAGGACAUGAUGUUUCCCUAUCAGAGAUGUUUAGGGUCCACUAGCUUCUCAGGUUGUUCUCACAUUUGUGCUCACUAACUAGUCCGAUUCAGGAUCUCAAAAUCAGCCUGAGAUCGGACCUUACUGGGAUUUUUGCCACAGUGUCAACAGAUUAGAGGCAGAGGUUAAAUUCAGCUCCUUUCCAUGGACUGGUGUGAUAUGAAGUGGUUUAGUUGUUCAUUUGUUGACCAAGCUGGUUUAUUUGAAAAACCCGGAAGUGCUAAAUAGACCUGAAUGUCAUGCACUUUAAUCGAGUAAAACUAUUCUCUGUUUCAACUCAUGCUACUGGGCUUUCCAUAAAACUUAUAGUAGAGUCAUCAGAUUUUAAAGAUUAAACCAUAAACUGGAGCCAAGCCAAAUGUUGCUAGUCGCCAUCUUGGAAAUAGAAAUGCUGACCCAAGCUAGUUUUCAGUCAACACAGAAACAAACAAAGGUGGUGUGGAGAUAGGACCGAAGAUUUCCUCACCUGACAUCUAAGUUAGCGCUCUUCAGGGCAUUUUGUCAUGGGUGUUAUUGGGGUUCUCGUAGCUUUUCAGCCAGCCUCAAGUGGACACUGAAGGAACUGCAGUUUUUGCACUUCCACACUGGCUUGAUUUCUGGAGGAUACCACUUAGCCUGUACUCAAUAGAAGCCGGAUUUUAGAAGUGAAAAUAAGACCCUUUGAACAUUUCUGGAGCUCGAAAACCUGCAAAUCUGAAUCUAACUUUUGACCCUUCUCUUCCUAGGUUGGUGAUGCCGGUGAUCCAGUGCAUCCUGAUGCUCUUACCUUCAAUCCAGGUGGUGUGGAGGAGUCUGACAGACAUGUUCAUAACACCACUCUUCCACAGUAUGGGAAAAGUCCUGUCCUCCGUUCAAGUGAAGACCAGUGAGAUCUAACACAGACACUUCUCUGUCCCGUGGUGAAAGAAACGUUUCAGUCGAGAAUUGUUGACUAUGCAGUAGGAGGUAUGGAUUUGACCAUUUGCAGGAAAAAGAGAUCUCAAACACAGAGCUAAAUGUAGGAAAUAGUGAAGAAAAUAUGAGUAUGUGUCUUAUUUAUCAGAUAUAUUUCAAGGCUUUGUUGAAAUAUCACAGUUUAGUUUUAAUCUUUAAUCAUAUUUGAUUUCUUUCCACCUGCAAACAUCAUCCAUGUAAGCCUUUGUUACUGACAUCACUGUAAGAGAAGAACGGUUUGAUAGAGUUUGGGACUCAAUGAAAACGAGCGUGCAUGACCUAAAAUGGAGUUGUUUACCGAUUGUGACCAAAAUGAGUUCAUAUCAUUCCAAUACUUAGUGCCUGAGAGAGAAUCAGUUAUUAUAACUGCAGGAACACUGCUGACUUUCUGAGAGAUGUAACAUUUUUUGCUUUUUUAUAUAUAUCUAUAAACUGUAUAUAUUGCUAAACCUUCAUCUACAGGUUGAAUGUAAUAAACUGAAUAGGAGUAGACAGUUCUGCAGAAUCAUUAUUAAAUGCUUUGAUGCAGCUUGUUGCACAUUUUCAAGCUUCUAUAUUUACUUUAACUGCUGUGUUGACUUCACAGUGCAUUGGUUAUAAUAUUGGGCAUUCGCUUUUUUACGUGGACCUGAAUGAUAUGAGUUGUUUUCCAAUAGGAUUGAACUAAACCAGAUUGGAUUAUUGGAUUUCUUGAGAACGUUGGCAUUCUAAUUUAUUGUUCUAAAUGACCAGUUAUUGAUUGGCAAUCACUGAUUUACGUAGUUUUUUUUUAACUUAAAGAGUACUGAGACUGGCCGAGGCUUGGGAGGUGCCAGUGUUUUCUGCGGCUCAUUGUUAAGGGGUUUGACAACAAAUCAGAUAGAGUGUAUAUGCUGUGGGUUUUAUUGAAUUGAGUUUAAGGUACAACUCUGCCGAGAUUUUAGCCUUUCUUCUGUUUGCUACGUGAUUAUGCAUCAUCACCUUUGCUGGACAGCAACAGACUUGCUAAUCAGUCUUUGACUACGUUUACACGUGCCCGGCUAUUUUUAUAAACGGACAUUUAACCCUUUCGGUUUACAAAAAAAAAGAAACUACGUGCACACCAUUACGUUUUCAGAGACAUUUUUGUUUACACCGACCCUUGUAUAUGUGCCGUCAAAAGCAUAUCAAACCUGUAGGUGGCAGUGUAGCAAGAAGCUCAAGCCCACAUUAGCCAAUCAGAAUCCUGCAUUGCAGCAACAACAACAACGUCACUUGCUUCUUUCCAUCGGCUACCCAAAUCUCCAUUUUCAUCAGUUUUUCUCCAUUUACAUGUGGAGUUAACGGAGUUUUCCAAAAUCUCCACUCUGGAGUUUUCAAAAAGCAUCGUUUUCAGGGGCGAUUUCUCCAUUUGCGUCUAAACAAAGGGUGCAAAUGAUGGUUAAUGUCUCCGUUUUUAAAAAUAACCGGGUACGUAUAAACGGGGCCUUAGUCAUAUAGUUUAUUUUGUCUAAGCUGUAGCACAACCACCCACCACUAGCCAGGGCUGUACCGGGGUUACUGGUGAACACCAUAAUGCUGCAAUGCUUUACUAUCUGGAUGUAAACAAGCACAGGUGAGCAAUGAUGCUACGAGGUUUGAUCCAGAAAAAUGAGUUGGAGUUGUGUCUGCUUAACUCGACACAGCCUGCAGUGCACAUUCGGCACAGUCACGUGGAUGUUGACCACAAGCUGGCGGUGUAAGCUCUGCUAGCCAAACGCUAUUGUCUACUCAGAGACUCUAAACUAACUGAUAGGUCUAAAUUUUAAUUUCUGUUAAAACAACAAGAAAAUUAGUCAUAACAGCACACGUCCAGUGCAAACCAACCUCUAAUGUGCAUACGUCUUCGCGAGCCAUCACCUAAUUUGACAACUACUAGAAAUAAGCACCAUUAGCUGUCGUAUGUUACCGCCACUCUGCUGAGAAAAACAUAGGGCUGUUUAAGGCUUUUAAAGGUGCCACUUUCAUUAGCAGCUAGCUGCUUAUUGUAGUUUUCUCAGAAUAGCUGCCUGCUGGAUUCUCAAAGAGGGUUGACGAGGUUCUAGAGACUGAACCAUUGGUGGCAAAUGCUGUUACACCAAACCGAUGGAGUAGAUCCAGUUGAGGAGUUGUGAUGUUGCCUUAAAGUCAAGGGUACUUUUGGUUGGGAUGAGGUCUAAUCAGAGCACAAUAUAUGACUUUUUUAAACCCUUUUACUGAUGUAGGACUGCUGAAGAGCUGACAGCCAUCGUACUGGGUUCAGUUUUUCAGUUUUUUUACAGUUUAAGGUAGGGUUGUGCAAUAGUGGAGGACAGGUGUGUGGUUACAGUGUUUUCCUCUCCUUUCAGCUGUAGCCUGUAGCAAUAAUCGACCUCAGCUCAUCACAGUCAUCCCUCAAAAGUAACAAGCCCAUUAUCAGGCUUUUUUUUUCUUGGUGUUGCUUGUAUUUGAUACUCCCAUUUUGUACUUUUUGCCUUAACAUGCCAAAUGAGCUCCUAAUGACCAAAAUAAAGAGUUUCUCCUCAAGGUAA